UACGUUUCUUAGUAAACUCCGCCCAUCUCUCUCUUUCCCAACCACAUCUCUCUUUCCCAACCACGUCUUUUCCCCCACCACCCUACAUUUAUGCUCAACUCCACCUUCCCACCUUCCUUCUCUCCAUUCUUUUCCCAAAUUGACACCACUCCUUUAAUUAACUCUCUAUUAUUAUCAUCAUCAUUUUCCACCCUGCCAUGAAUGCCUCACCCGCGGCCGCCGCAGCUGCUGCCAUUACAACAACAGCAACCACCCCCGUCACUCUGCCGUUGAAGCGCAAGAAGGCCAGUCACCACACCAACGACGGUCAGUACCCAAUGGGCGCGACUCCGGCAGCGGCGGCAUUCAUGACGUGGAGGGUGGCGGACGCGAAGAAUGUGGUAAGGCAUCACUGGCUGCCGGUGAUUCUGGGCGGCGCCCUGUUGUUCUUCAUGUGGGUGGAGUACACCCUCAGCAUGGUCCCCACGUCGUCGCCGCCGUUUGACUUGGGGUUCGUGGCGACGCGUCGUCUCCACCGCCUGCUUUCCUCGUCGCCGGAGCUCAACAACUUGCUCGCCGCUCUUAAUACGGUAUUCGUGGGAAUGCAAGCGAGCUACAUAUUCUGGACGUUUCUGGUGGAAGGAAGGGCGAGACCCACCAUCGCUGCGCUCUUCAUGUUCACUUGUCGCGGCAUUCUUGGCUACACCACUCAGCUCCCUCUCCCCGAGGGAUACUUGGGGUCAGGGGUGGACUUCCCCGUAGGGAACGUGUCCUUCUUCCUCUUCUAUUCGGGGCACGUGGCCGGAUCGGUGAUCGCGUCGCAAGACAUGAGGAGAAUGCAGAGGCUCGGGCUAGCGUGGGCGUACGACAUUCUCAACGUGUUGCAAGUGGUCCGGCUCCUGGGGUCGAGGGGUCACUACACCAUCGAUCUGGCAGCCGGUUAUGCCGCGGGUCUGCUGUUCGACUCGCUGGCUGGACGAUACGAGGAGACCAUGAUCACCGCCGCCGCCAAGAAGACUUCGAAACAGCACAAUGGCGUUCCUCCUCCUCCUGUUGUUGUUGUUGGUAUGGGUAAUUCUUCUUCUUCUGCUAGGAAGUUGCGGAAGAAGUAGUCGUGAUGGUGAAUUUUGGUUGUAGAUUUGGGAUGGACGCAAGUGUCUUUGUGGACGUAUGUAUGUAUGUUGCAAGAGCCGUAGAGGUUGUAGCUGUAGCUGGAGCUUGAGUCUUGAGUAUAGCAUGAACAAGAAAGUAACUUUCCGUGCUUUUGAUUCUUCUGCUCCAUUUUUUUUUCUUUUCCUGCUUUAUUUUGAGAACAUGGGUCUUAUUUAGUAGUUCGGCUGCCGUGGCUAGGGGAUUUUCGUUUCUAUCCCCCGAGCAUCCAAAAUCUUCCCUCUGUGCUAACGAGUUCGUCUCUAUGUCUUCCUAUGAAUUGGGCUUGCAAUACAGUUGUGGGCCUUCUAUUGGGCCCUCCGGUGGUUUUGCAUUGAUCUUAGUCACGCUUAUAGGGGUGGUUUGGUACUCAAAUUCAUUCCAUUUAAGAAAAAUCCAUCGUUAUUGCAAUUCAUUUAGGGAUCAAAUUUAUGGGCCCCACGAAUUUUAAGUGUACAAAUUCGUGGAUUCGGAUUCGACGGACUUGUAAAUCUCACAUAUUAAUGUGAAAUUUGUAACAUGUAAUAAAUUCAUGAUAAUAUU